UCAAAUCUUUUAAAUGACGCGUUACCCAGGGGCGGGCGCUAACCGGUCAGGGGUCAUUUGAGUGGCAGACGCGGGGCUUACUGCUGGAGCGUAAUAGGCUUAGGCUCUUAAGCUCCUCCGAUGACAGGGUGCAGCCCUGCUUUUGCCAUGCAGCACAUUGUGGGCGUGCCCCAUGUACUGGUAAGGAGAGGUUUCCCUGGAACAGACCUCUUCAUGACAAGGACUCUGUGCAGUCCAGGUCCCAGCCAGCCCAGAGAAAAGCGGGCAGAAGCUGCAGCCUUAGGGCUGUAUCACCGCCUCCCAGCAUUGGGAAGAGUGUUGGGCCACAGCAUUCAGCAACAAGCGUCCUCCACAGCCAAGGCUUGGUGGGACAGAUAUGAAGAGUUUGUGGGACUCAAUGAAGUUCGAGAGGCCCAGGGAAAUGUAACCGAGGCAGAGAAAGUGUUCAUGGUGGCUCGCGGCUUUGUUCGAGAAGCUCGGGAGAAUUUAGAGGCUCAGCAGGCUAAGCUGAAGGAGGUGAGGGACCGUUUGGACCGAGUCUCCAGGGAGGACAAUCAGUACCUGGAGCUGGCCACUUUGGAGCACAGGAUGCUGCAGGAAGAGAAGAGGCUCCGAGCAGCCUACAUGCAUGCAGAAGACUCAGAGCGGGAGAAAUUCUCUCUCUUCUCUGCAGCCGUGCGGGAGAGUCAUGAGAAGGAGCGCACGAGGGCCGAGAGGACUAAGAACUGGUCCCUCAUUGGGUCAGUUCUCGGAGCUCUGAUCGGUGUGGCGGGAUCCACCUAUGUUAACCGUGUACGGCUACAAGAACUGAAAGCCUUACUCCUGGAGGCACAGAAAGGGCCUGCGAGUCUCCAGGAGGCCAUCCGUGAGCAGGCUUCCAGCUACUCCCUCCAGCAGAGAGACCUCAAGGACCUCAUGGUGGAUCUGAGGGGCCUGGUGCAUGCUGGGCAGGGCCAGGCCUCUGGGUCACCAACAGGUACUUCUACCAGAGGAAAAGACAUAGAUGCCCUUUCAGCCGCCAUGAAAGAGCAGCUCAGUCAUUCCCAACAGGUCCAUUCCUGCCUGGAGGGCUUACAAGAGCGGCUUGAUGGCCUGGAAAAGACGUGUAGCCAAAUGGCUGGGGUGGUUCAGCUUGCAAAGGCUACAGCACAUCCAGGCACAGUGGAGCCAGUAGAUGGGGCCCUGCCCAGCUCUUUGCUGGAACAAGGGAGCAUGAUCUUGGCCCUGUCUGAUGUGGAGCAGAGACUAGAAGCCCAGGCCAACAGGAAUUCUAUCUGCAGCACACUGGUAACCUGUGUGACUUUCAUAGCUACGUUACCCAUGCUCUACAUGCUGUUCAAGACCAGUUAGCCCUGGGGUCCUUCUUCAAAGGGGCCUGAGGGUGAAUGUGGCGUCUGUUGGUGACAAGAUGAAUCCUGAGGUACACACAACCUCAGACUGAGUACCAUUUGAGGGGCUCACUGGCAGGUUUAUUUUAUUUUGUAGGUAAUGCUUAUUUACAUUAAUUAUCAAAACUUUGCAAAUGUCCAAUUAAAAUACCUAAAAAUUUGUAUUAUUUAAAAGAGUUUUACAUCAGA